AUGGAUUUGAUUCAAAGAAACGUUGAAAAAGUGGCAGAGUUCCUUAAACCACAAAUGGAGUUCCUCAAUUGUCACAUGGUGGAUUACUUAACGAAAGAUUACUGGAAUGCUUAUGUACCUCAAAACAUAAGAGAUGAACUCAAAAGUAUUGAAGACUUACGGGAAGCCAAAUCUGCAUUUUGGAAUCAGUUCGACGCAAAAGUUUUUCCAAACAUGAAAUUUUCCUCCUUGAAAAAACACAUCUUAAACACGAGGGAUUACCAACUGGAAUCACUUCCGCAUGCUUUCCUAGGUUUGGAAGAUUUGAAAGAAGCGUUUGAUUCCUGCCUGAAAGAAACUCGACUCCAGAUACCGGAACUAAUGAACGUCAAAAAACGGCACGAAGUUGAAUCGGCUGCUAGCAUUGUAGCUUCCCUUUGUCAGGUUAUUUCCCGUAAAUAUUCGGAAGGAAAAUCUCCGGAAGAGGUGAUGGUCAUUGACGCUGGCGAUGGAAAGGGAUAUCUGUCAUCUCGAGUAGCUUUGGAGCAUGGCAUUCGUGUUUUAGGGAUCGAUUGUAAUGAGGGAAACACCAUUAAUGCAGAAAAACGUCGCGAAAAGCUUAAGAAGAAAGUGGGGAAAGCUAUAAAGAAAGCUGAACUUUCAGAUGAUGAUUAUUUCAACGAUUUGCUUCAGAAUCAAGGAUCUUCGGAUCCGAAUUACAAAACUACAACCAAACUUAUCGGUUUCGACACAAAUCUGAUUGAGUUGGUAAAAGAAAAAUUCCCAAAUUCAACAGCAAAUAAAUUUUGUCUGGCAGGGCUUCAUACGUGUGGAAAUCUGGGGCCCAAUUGUGUCCGCAUAUUCCACCAAAACCCACAUGUAAAAUCUCUGUUCAACGUUGGCUGCUGUUACCAUUUGCUCGUCGAGGAGUUUGUAGUCGACAAAUACUAUAACCCGGAACGCCUGAAUGAUAACCCCGGUUAUGGCUUCCCUAUGAGCAGAGUCCUAAAGCAAAACAAAUUUUUCAUAGGUCGAAACGCUCGCAAUCUGGCAGCGGAAUCGAUCGAACGAGUUUGCGCCAAUCAGGAGGAGCCAUCCGAUAAACUGGGUUACCGAGCUUUGCUCCAAAUAGUGCUGCAACAGCAUUUGGGCCUCGAUUCAGCCGAUCAACAGCAACAGGUGGGAAAGCUAAAAAAAUGCACCGAUUUUGUUGAUUAUUGUAGAAAAUCUUUGACUCGACUGAAAAUCGAUCAUUCGCAACUUGACGAUGCGUUUUUACGGGAUCUAGAAGUCCGGUACCAGUUGCAGUUGGAACAGCUGAAGAUUUUCUAUCUCUAUCGAAUGACUUUUGCACCGGUUAUUGAGGGACUCAUUUUGUUGGACCGAUUGCUCUUUUUGAAAGAGUGUGGCUACGAGUAUAGUUAUCUUGUUAAGCUUUUCGACCCGGUGGUUUCUCCGCGAUGUUUUUCGAUCGUUGCCUUUAAGUAGGAAUAAAUUUUAGAGGAAAGAUUUAUGAGUUAUUUGCUGAUGACAUCGCAAUUAUAAUUGAGGUCUUCCAACAUCCAAAAAUCUUUUUAUUAACAGAAGAAACUCAGGUUUCAUUGAUAGAGCUUUUUCUGUCGGAUAUUUUCGCCAACAUCAUCCAAACAUUCGGCCAAAGGGAAAGUUUCCACCAGCAGCGUUUUACUCAUAUCCGGAACAUAUUCGUUGUUUUUGAUGAACAACACUUGGGACAUGACCUGGAAUUUAAAAAUAAUCAUUAUGAUUUUAGUGAAAAAGCAAAUCCCAGAACUGCAUACCUCUGAAAGUUCUCGAAGUUUUUCCACCAGGUUCGUGCUAAUCAGUUCUUUCUUACCCUCGUCGGAGCAUUGCUCGCUGUUUAUGUACUUUUCCAGAUCCUCGAUCAUGGUAUCUACGUCGCGCAAGGUGUCCCGUACUUUGAGACACUCCCUCCGAUUGUAGCGAUCAACCCGUUCGAAAUCGAUCGGUUCCAGGGUGCGGUUCUCUAUCUGCCCCAGGGCUUCCGCCGAUUGUUUCAGGGACCUAACGAGCGUUUCCACAUCGAUGUUUUUGAUAGCCGCAACUGUAGAAGUCUGUUUUCCGCUGUCACUGAGAUCCGUGAGCGAUCCGGACUGGCUACCCACCAGAUUUGUUUCGUUUAGGAUCCUGGACUGUUGCAGAGGUACCGUGCUCUUUUUGAGAGUGGCAGUUCGAGCUAGUCGACCUGCUGUGGGACCAGAUCGUUGCCGAAUUUUUGUGAACAGGUUGUCGACAUCUUCCACCGUUAGGCGACUCGAGGGAUCUAUGGUGCGUACUUCCUUACCGGGUAAAUAGUCCUGGCGCGUUAAUUUCAGCAGACGAUCCGGCAAAUCUGCAUUCUGUAGUAGCUUCGACUCCAAACGGCCGGAUGCAAGAAUGUUAUUGGUCCGUUCGAUGCUGGCGAUUAUGGCGUUGGACAGCUGAUUCAGAUCUUCAUCCAUACCCUGGGUAGAACGUGGGGUCGAUAAAAUGUUGGCCUUUAGAGUGAUAAAUUCUUACAAGUAAAAUAUGAAUAAACUUACUUUUAACGGUCUGACUAUUUUUGAAGCGAUUAUCACAAUUCAAAUUUACCAUCCACCAUUCUCGCCGAAUGUACAGUGGUAGUGGUGAAUUCUCGCGGUAGAAUAAAACAACAAAACGAAUGCUGAUAAAAAAGUUAUAACAGAAAAAUGAAAAUUCUAGGGAUGCUUAUUCAAUUUUCUAAAAAACUAAAAAAGGAUAAAGUUUAGACAAUAAAGUUCAGUU